AUGGCGCCUGCACUCUUCCGCCCUGCGAGUUGGUCGAAGGCCUUCAGGGCCCGGCUAUUUCCGUCUGCAGACGAGGAUGUCAGGCUCGUGUGGGGUGUGGCCCUACUUCGUGCGGUGCCGCCAGAGCAAUACACGCUGUCAGACCUGCACCGCAGCCUGAGCGAAGACCUUGGUACAGACCUGGGCCAACAGGGCACAGCCUUCGUCCCGGGACCCUGGUCUUCGACUUGCCGCGUGAAGGGCGUUGCUGAGCACUGCCGGCCCGCGCGGCUGGGUUUCUGGGGGCUCGCGCCCGAGCUGACCUGUGAGAUGUGA